AUGCGAAGACAAAUGAGGGUGAUCGCCGGAGGUUUUGUGAUUGAAGUGUUUGAGGCAGCAGUGAAGAGACUGCCUUAUGCAUUGCCGUUUGAGUAUUUUAACUACUCGAGCUCUGAUGGGAAGAGCACCGGAUCUUAUGAUCUCCUCGCUCGUCAAGUGGCGGAUAAAAAGUAUGAUGCGGUGGUGGCAGAUAUGACGAUUACAUCGAAUAGAUCAGAGUAUGUAGACUUCACGUUGCCGUAUACUGUUGCUGGAAUAUCGAUGGUGGUGCCGAUAAAGAACCAGAGGAGCAAGAAUGCGUGGAUCUUUGUCAAGCCAUUGACACCAGACUUAUGGCUUGUGAGCCUUGGUUUCUUCGUCUUCACAGGCUCUAUUAUAUGGGUGCUUGAACAUCGAAUCAAUCCAGAGUUUCGAGGUCCUCCGACAAACCAAAUUGGAACUAUCUUCUACUUCACCUUCUCAACUCUAGUAUUUGCUCACAGAGAGAACAUAGUGAGUAAUUUAGCGAGACUAGUGGUGAUCAUAUGGGUGUUUGUUGUGUUGAUCUUGCAAUCAAGUUACACUGCCAGCUUGACAUCAUUGCUGACAGUAGAGCAAUUUGAACCAAGUUACACCCAUAUCAGUGAGCUCAAAGACAAUGGAGAGCGUGUAGGAUCACCUCAAGAGUAUGCUGAAGCUUUGGCCAAGGGGAGCCGAAAUGGUGGAGUUGCAGCAAUUAUAGAUGAGAUUCCUUAUCUCAAAGUCUUCCUUAAAGAUCAUUGUGACAACUACACCAUGGCUGGCCAGACCUACAAAAACUAG